GUCUCGCGCGCUCCCCCUUCACAAACAAUUCAAGACUCCGACCUGAUCCGGACGACGCCCUGCACUCGAGAUUUUACGUGAUUAGGACUGCACCCGGCGUCUUUUUGAAAUUUUCUUUAAUUUUUUUUUUUAUGGGGGUCCAUCCUGGUGUUGUUAUUGUCGGGGCCGCGCGCACAGGCAUCAUCACAAACACAAGGCGUCUGAGAGGAGAAGCCAACCGGAUCCGCUGCUGAGAUGGCUGAAGUGUCGCAAGAGGAGAGACUCCAGGCCAUUGCUGAGAAAAGGAAGAAGCAGACAGAAAUUGAAAACAAGAGGAGACAGCUGGAUGAUGACCGACCACUCCAGCAUCUCAAGUCAAAGGCACUGAGGGAGCGCUGGUUGUUAGAUGGAGCUCCAGAGGAGGAGGAGACCCAGAGGCGUCUGCAGGAGGACGAGGUCAAAACCAAACUCCUGGAGCAGGUCAUCCUCAGGCUGGAACAAGAGAUUGAAGAACUGGAGACAGGCGUCCCAGCCAAUAAGGGUGUGGCCAAAGAAAAUGGAAGUGAGAAUGGAGUAGUGCAGACCUCUGGUCAGACUCCCAAGAGAGAGGUGACGGGGAUCCAGGCCAAACUGUUAGGCCCGAGCCCCGACCAAGCAAGUGCCGACAACCCCGUCACCCUGGUGUUCAUGGGCUACAAAACGGUGGAGGACGAGCAGGAGAGCCGCACGGUCCUGGGAAUGGAAGGGGUAGACGGCAACGUCAAGGCCGAGUUCGUAGUGAUCGAGGACGGAGAGGGAAAAGCCGGAGGAGAGGCGGCCACAGAGGAGCAGGCCCCACCCAAUGGGAGCAUGGCGGAGACGGAGAAGGCCAACGGAGGUGGAGAGGAAGGAGAUAAGGAAAAGGAGAAGAAACAGACCUGCAAAUGCUGCGUGGUCAUGUGAGGG